AUGCCUCAGCUGCACUUCCGGCGCUACAUUGUGAAAUGUUACCUGACUUACAAUGCUGCAGUACCAAGAGGUCCUGGACGCCCUGCAGCUUAUGGUGUUGCUGCUGCUGCUGUUGUUGAUGGUGGUGAUGAUGAUGAUGAUGAUGAUGAUGAUGAUCAUGAUGAUAUAGAUAGCACACAUGAAGGAAUCCAAGGUUUUACUGAAGUGGAACUAGCGCCCGCUGCGGAAUGGGUGCUUUUCGGCGACGUGGUUCAGUUGCUGGCCACCGAUUUCCCAGUGGCGCUGUCGACGCUCAUCACUGAAAGGCAGGUGGACCGCGCGCAACAGUUGGUCACAGGAAGCCCGCUCGUCUGUUCGAAGCUGACGACUCCACCAUGCUUUCGAAAUACCUUCCGCAUUCGCAGUGAACAUGGAGAUGACUCCAGAAAUGGUGAACCUGUCAAAUUCAACCAAGACUUUGUUUUGUGUCCAGUUGAGAGCUACGGAAAUCUGCCUCUUUUUGUGGAGUCACGUAUCCCCCAGAUAAAUAUCGGAGUUGGGGCAUCUGGCUUUGCUGCUAUCAUGUUGUCCUGUUACAACAACACUUGUUGUCGAUGGCGAGCCCUGUAUUGGGAUUCCAGUAAACGCCCAGAGAGUGAAGGAUCACCAGUUCCACCUCACAGUAAAAUACUCAUCAAUCACUCAGCAUCCAAUAGAAAUCUGGCAGUUGAACCCGGUAUCUGGUUUCCAACAUUUUUUGGAAUGGAGUGUGAAGUAUCAGUUCAUACAUGCAAAGAUGCUCAAAGAAGAGAGACUGCAGAAAAUCAUUGGAUGUUUGGAAUUCAGAAGCCAGAUGACAUGAAAGUGGCAUGUUCAGAAGCUCCAUCAACAACUGUUGAUCAGCCAAAGGGUGAAAGUCAGCAGCCGGAUCCUGAAGAAUGACAGAGUCUAAUAUUUUCAUUACUUCUGUGAAACAUUUAGUUGUUUUGUAUUCUUCAUAUUUGUAUUGUGGAUCUGUAGAGAGAAAUUUUUAAAUAUUGUUUAUAAAAGGGCUAAGUUGUACAGGCAGUAGUUGUGUUGCUUACAUAUGUGCCUUAAAUGAUUUUGCAGCACAAUUUAAAUACUUUAGGUCAAAAGAGACUGCUCAUGGUAAAGCAGAGCUGUUGAGUUGGUAGGUGUACACAAAGAAAGCAAGCUUGCUAGUUUUCAGUGUUAUCCUUUGAUGAACUAGAGUGAAAUACACAAACACACUC